CAUAAAGCGAUCACAGGAUGUCACACGGAUGCCCACGCCCUACAGGAGUGUUGGAGCAGUUCCUUGCUUGUGACUCAAUGUUUCUAGCAUCUCGGUCCCUGUGUAGAUGUCGGUGCAGACGGCUGUUAGCUGCGGCUCUGGGGUUGUGACACUCGGACGGCCUGGGAAAGCGGGGAAGGGAGCUGAGAUACAGCAGCCCCUUGAUCGCCAUAGAGAGCCAGGCAGCGAAGGGGAACCGGCUCGCUGGAGCGUCCCUGGCUGGAGAGAGGCUGCGGCUUGCACAGGUGAUGGCCGAAGCUGCAGGCUCGGGACGUGUACAGUCGCAGUGAGCGUUGUACUUGUCAUUCUGAUUGCUGCUUUUGUUGCUGUGGCAGUGCUGGUACUUAAAGCAGAGCCCCAAUUCAUGGCCUGCUGCCCGGACGGCUGGAUCGGAUACCAAGGGAAAUGCUACUAUUUCUCCGAGGCUGAAGAGAACUGGAACAACAGCCAGAGACGCUGCUCUGCGCUCGGCGCUUCCCUGGCUCUGAUUGACAGCGAGCAGGACCUGGCUCUCAUGAUGAGAUACAAAGGUGUCUCCGAGCACUGGAUUGGCCUCUGGAGAGAGCAGGAGGGGCAGCGCUGGAAAUGGGUGAAUGGCUCUGAUCUCAACAGCUCGCUCCCGAUAAGAGGAGGCGGUGACUGCGCGUACCUGAACGACAAGAACGUCAGCUCUUCCAGGUGCAUCACCGAGAGAAACUGGGUCUGCAGCAAACCUGAUGCGUUUACAAGCCAGAAAAACGCAAUACAGAGCAGUCAGGAGCUGAAAAACCUCCCGACGAGCUAUUAGAAAAACUCGCACAACCGGUCUACAGCCGAGCUUAUAAACAUAAAAUAGCAAAAUCUCCAGUGGACCCUGAAUUAUUAGGUUAAUCAAACUGAAAAACAGGAGGAACUUCAGCAGGAUCUAGCCACGUGAGGGGAACGGGCCACCCACUGGCAAAUGAAAUAGUCUGACAAAUACAGAUAGGGUCCAGCAGAGGAACAAUUGAGGAUUACUCAUCCAUCUUCCUAGCUGCUAAAAUAACUACAACAGCUCAGGAGAAGGAGCAGGGGUGAACUGCUGACCCCAUUGAAAUUUAUGCGCAUUUUCCCAUUCAAUUCAAGGAGGCCAGCAUCUCACCCAGGGGUGUCAUUGGAGAUCGCCCAGCGCAGCCCUCGGCUGAGCGUGCAGCAGCUGACAACAAAGCAAACAAGAUGUUGGGGGCACAUAAGGAACGCACUAGGUGACAAUACAGAAAAUUCUCUGAUGUCAUUAUAUGAAUCAAAGGGACACCCUGAUGAGGAACACUGUCUGCAGUACGGGUCACCCAUCUCCAAAAGGACGCUGCAGAACUAGAGGAGGUUCAGAGACUGGUGACAAGAAUGAUGGGAGGCCACGUGGGACUUUCGUGUGCCGAGAUUGGAGCUGUUCUUGUCAGAGAAUAAGGGGACGUGAACAAGGGGAGAAAAACAAAGACUGGGCCGGGGAAGGUAGAUUGGGGUGCUGCUAUUCAGUCCAUCUCUUGAUACAAGAACAAUGGGGACGCUUAACAAAAUUGAAAAAUCACCAAAUUUGAAACUGAUCGAAGGACCUAUGUUUUCCCACAACGCACAAUUAGCCUGCGGAACUCACUGCUGCAAGAUGUCAUUGAAGCCAAGAGCUUGGCAGGACUGUUUUUAAAAAUGGACUGGGUCAUUAGCUCCUGUUCUUCAUACGAGAGAGGAAAUGGACAGGAGUUUGGGAAGGGAUCCAAACCUUCUUUCUUCAGGGCAUGAACCACCAUCUAAGUAAUGAAGAUCAGGAGCAAACUUCUCCAUUUGGCCGGUUAUUCCAUCACUGUCCACUAGGAUUUCUCUUGACCUGUCUUCUGAAGCCGCUGGUGCGGGCCAUGAAUGCACUACAGUUCUGAAUUAGUCUUGCACUUACUAUGUUAAUUGCCUCGACCCUGUGACCUUAAUAACCGAUGGUUUUUUUCCUGAGCCAAAGACUAGUCAUGGUGCUUUUAGAUAUGAAUUCAGCGUUAGUUUUGCUUCCUGGGGCAGGACCCCUGGGCGGUGUGGAUUUUUGCCGAGCAGUGCGGCUGGAUAGCAGCAGAUCUUCCGGAUGUCCUGAACCAAGCUUCCAGCCCUGGGGCUCCUUUUCAAUAGAGCAUUUUCCCUGCUGGAGCUGCCCAGUGCUUGGGAAGGAGCUCCUAAGCUCCAUGGUGGAUUAUGCAAGAUGGAAUUGCUUCGUUUGAUCUCAUUUAACUUAUUUAUUAUUAGGGUGACAGUUCUGAAUAGCUGAUAGACGGUUUGGAAAACAGGGUUGGUUUCACUGAAUCUCCUGACUCCAAAUUUAUUGGGGGAAAAAUAUUUUGAAAUUUUCAAAACAAAAUGUUUUGACGCAUUCAAACCAGAAUGUUUUGGGGCUUUAGAGCCGAAACGACGCUUUCUUUUGACAUGUUUAGGAAUUUUAACUGUGGGGAAAAAAAGUUACAAUGGAAACAUUUUGAACUUAUCGAAACCAGCGGUUUCAAUGGACCCAGAAUGAAUUUUUGGUUUAGUUUAUUGACUCUUGACAAUUUUCUAGAGUUUGACUCUUCACCUUGAUUUGGGAUGGGAGAAAAUGUUGAAAUCUCCCAAAUUCUCAUGCCUGGGAAAGGAGUUUCCCACCUAGCUUCACUCCAAAGCCACACAGAUGCUUUUGAAAAUUACAUCCUCUGGGCCCACUUGUGUAGAACGAGGCAUCUCCAAGCUCUGCCUAUAUACCAGUGUUGGCAACUCCUGCAAUUUAUGGCACUGUAUUCGUUGCUUUUUGGCAACGCCUGGUACUUGGAAUGAGCUGAUCUGAGAACCUCAGCUUUCUGCUGUUAUUUUUUUAAGAAAGUUUUUAGCCCACAGUAUCAUGGCGAAAAGCUUAAAAUUGUGACUCGAGUUCUUCCUAGAGACUCACAAACCAGAAGGCAACGAAAAAGAACCCAAAAUUUUUAAAGCAAAUUUCAUUUUUCAUUAUUUUUGUACAUCUGGAGUUGGCGGUAGUGGGUCUCAGGCUGUCAGAGACUUGUAGAUUCCAAGACCAGAAGGGAUCUCUGUGAAAAUCUCAGAUGACCUGUGUAACACAAGCCGUACGACUGCCCUGAAUUAAUUCCUGUUCGAACUAGAGCAAAUCUUCUAGAAAAACAUCCAAUCUUGAUUUUAAAAAUUGUCAGUGAUGGUGAAUCCAUUGCAAUUCUGGGUAAAUUGGUCCAACGGUUAAUUAUCCUCACUGGUAAAAAUUUGCAUGUUCUUUCUAGUCUGAAUUAGUCUGUUACUUGUUUACACGUUGCCUUCAUUGUACUAUGUGUUUGUUUGAUUCUGAAGUGUAAGAAAUGGAUAACUGGGUUACUACUAUGCAAAUUUCAGAGGAACAGCCGUGUUAGUCUGUAUUCGCAAAAAGAAAAGGAGUACUUGUGGCACCUUAAAGACUAACCAAUUUAUUUGAGCAUGAGCUUUCGUGAGCUACAGCUCACUUAGCCUUUAUCCACGUGUCUUUACCUCACUGUAUAUUCAUGUGGGUAUUCCUAGAAUCACAGAAUAUCAGGGUUGGAAGGGACCUCAGGAGGUCAUCUAGUCCAAUCCCCUGCUCAAAGCAGGACCAAUCCCCAAUUAAAUCAUCCCAGCCAGGGCUUUGUCACGCCUGACCUUAAAAACUUCUAAGGAAGGAGAUUCCACCACCUCCCUAGGUAACGCAUUCCAGUGUUUCACCACCCUCCUAGUGAAAAAGUUUUUCCUAAUAUUCAACCUAAACCUCCCCCACUGCUACUGUAUUGCCUUUUGUUACCUCCUUGAAACAAAAUAAAAUUAAAUCCUGUUUGUAACUGCGCGGCAUCCACCUCUCACCUCACCUUCUAGCCGGAAGGGUCUGCAGUCUUUCAGUUUGUGAGGAGCCCUGUCGGUGAUUUCUCAGGCGCUUUUUCAGUGACUCAGCCCCCUGGCCGAGUCUCACACACCGUCCGGGGUAUGCAGCCCACCAGAGGCCUACACCACUACCCCUCUGUUGGUAUCGCUGUAGCCCUCCCUGGGAUAGACUGAAAGGGUUAAACUUCAGCCAUUCACUGACUUGCAUGGUCAUCUUUCCUGGCUGCUGGGUCUGAGGAGAGCAAGGUCUCACUGAGUAUAAACUGGCUUGGGUUAGAGCCACUCUCAGAGCGGGUUAGAGCAGUUCCCAGAGCAAGCCACGAUCAUGAAAACUUGACAUUGGUUAGACAGCUGAGAUCCCAGCCAGUCAUGCUGACCACGAUUGUCCCAUUGUUUCUUUGUACUCCCCCUGUCUCUGUCUGUCUGAUAGAUUCCAAGGUCAGAAGGAGCCCCUGUGACCACCCAGUCUGACCCCUGUAUAACAUCGGCCACACAGCAUCCCUGAAUUAAUUCCUGUUGGAGCCAGAGCAGAUCUGUUAGAAAAAAGCCACCUGAUGUCGCUUGUCUUAGAUUGUGGGGCAGGGACUGUCUUUUUGUUCUGUGUUUGUCCAGCGCCUAGCACAAUGGGGUCCUGCUCCGGGCGGGGGGCUCCUAAGCACUGUGGUGAUACAGAUAGCUACUAAUCAUUAUAAUAAUAAAAUCUCCCAGCCCG